CAGUCAGUCUGUCGAGAAUUUUGUUGAAUGACAACAUCAUCGAGAUGAAGCUAAGCAUAUUCGAGAAUCCCAACUGCCUGCUGAAUCGCAGAAAUCGUUAUCAGUUCUUAGCCACAUUUCUAGUGACAUUUUCGACAUUUUCUCAUGGGGUGGGCGUUGGUUGGAUGUCCCCUGUUAUGAGGGAUUUGCAAUCACCCGAAUCGCCGCUCAGCUUUGAAGUGUUUGUUGAGGAAAUAUCCUGGAUUGGCUCGCUGAUUGGCAUUGGCAGUAUUAUUGGGAAUUUAUUGGCUGGCUUUCUACAAGAUCGCAUUGGACGCAAGCCAGUCUUAUAUUUCCUAGCAUUUCCUUAUUUGUGUUUCUGGUUGUUGGCUUACUUUGCUCAGAGUGUGGAAUAUCUUUAUGCGGGUCGUCUCUUGGCUGGCAUUACAGGCGGCGGAGGCUAUAUAGUUUUACCCAUUUUUAUCAGUGAAAUCUCCGAUGCCAAAAUUCGUGGUCGUCUUGGCUCUAUGCUCAUGCUCUCGGUCAACAUGGGCGUGCUCGUUGGUUAUAUUCUCUCCACAAAUGUGCAUUACUAUAUAGCGCCCUUUUUCAUCAUUCCGCUGCCCAUUUGCUAUUUGGUUGGCAAUCUUUUUCUGCCCGAGACGCCUUUUUAUUUGAUUACCAAAGGCAAAUUUGGUGCUGCAGAAAAGUCCUUUAGAUUUUACAAGAAUAUUCAAGAGAAUGACAAGACUUCAAUGGCAGAGUUUGAGGAGAUCAAGUAUAAGUUGACCAAGGAACAGGCACUAAAGGUCAAUGCCUUUAACUACAGGGACUUUAUUACCAAGCCUGCCUUUAAGGCUUAUGCCACAGCCUUGGUGUUGCUCGGUUGCAAUCAAUUUACGGGCACCUUUUGCUUCACCACCUACAUGACGGACAUCUUUGAGAUCUCACAUGCUUCGAUGGAUGCGGGCACUUCCACGAUUAUCCUGGGAGCUGUCCAAAUUGUGGGCGUCUGUGCCACAAUUUUGUUCUGUGAUCGAUAUGGUCGCAAAUUCCUGUUAAUGAUCUCUUCCCUUGGUGCUUCCAUUUGUCUAGGUGCCUUUGGUUUUUACAUAUACUUUGCGGAACGAUACGAUCUCUCUGCCUGGGGAUGGAUACCAUUAGUUCUCUUGACAUUGGAGAUGUUCUUAUGUCAUAUUGGUUUGGUUGGCAUCAUCUUUGUGGUCUUGGUUGAGGUCAUGCCAGCUCGGAUACGUUCGGUGGCCGUCUCUACAUUUAUUGUUCUUCUCAGUUCUCUCGUUUUUCUCACGCUGAAAAUCUUUCCACUCUGCUUAAAGUACUGGGGACUUGCCCUCACUAUGUGGGCUGCCAGUGUCGUUGGAUUGCUCGGCUUCAUUUACUUUAGCUUGUGCUUUGUCGAGACCAAAGGCAAAUCUAUGCUGGAUAAUAGAUCAUUCAACACGACUGGAAAAAUGUUUGCGAAACUAUUGAAUAGUCCAGACUGUUUACUGAAUCAAAGGAAUCGCAAGCAAUUUCUAGCCACAUUGCUGAUCAAUUUAAUAUGCAUUGCUCAUGGCAUUGGAAUUGGUUGGUUUGCGCCCACAAUGCGCAAAAUGCAAACUGAAGAGACGCCUAUGAAUUUUAUGGCCACCGUCUCUGAGGUCUCCUGGGUUGGUUCAUUCCUGGGCAUGGGAGCGAUGACAGGAAAUGCUCUAAUGGGAAUCAUCCUUCCCUAUUUGGGCAGCAAGUUGUGUCUACUUUUUGUGGCCAUUCCUCAGACGUGCCAUUGGCUUUUAGUCUAUUUCGCCGAGAGAGUGGAAUAUCUCUAUGUCGGACGCUUUCUUGCCGGUCUUUGCAGUGGCGGCAUGUACAUCGUUCAUUCCAUGUUCCUCAGCGAAAUUUCAGAUCCCAGAAUUCGUGGGACACUCGGUGCUAUAGUGAUGUUAUCUGUGAAUAUAGGCGUGUUUCUUGGCUACAUUAUGGGCACACACAUGUCGUUCAGCAUCACACCAUUCAUAGUAUUAUUACUUCCAGUUUGUUACUUUUUAUUAACGCUAUGUUUUAUACCGGAAUCGCCAGUGCAUCUGAUAAGAAAAGGCAACUUGAAGGCGGCUGAGAUAUCUUUCCGUUAUUAUAAGAAUAUCAAGGAUUUCAAUCGAUCUGCAGCCGUGGAGGAAUUUGAGGAUAUGCGACAGAAGCUAACGGAGGAUGACAAAGCAUCCAGUAACGUGACUAUCAAGGAUUUUGUGUCCAGGUCAGCUUUCCGAGCUUAUGCAUCCGCUGCAGUCUUGCUGAUUGCGAAUCAAUUCAGCGGCAUUUUCGCCAUGGUCAGCUACAUGUCGGACAUCUUUGAAAAAUCGGGCAGCACUAUGGACCCAGAUACCUGCACCAUUAUCAUUGGCAUCGUUCAGAUUCUAGGCACAUAUGCAACGGCUUUACUUUGCGAUGUCUGGGGACGUCGUCUGCUUCUCGUUGUCUCCUCGGGCGGAGUUGCUGUCAGUCUCUUUGGUUUCGGUUUCUUUACAUAUUUUGCACAGUGGUACGAUUUGAGUGAUUGGAGUUGGGUGCCUCUUGUGUUGAUGUCGAUCUGCAUCUUUAUGGGCAAUAUUGGACUUGUCGGCUGCUUCUUUAUGGCCUUGGUCGAAAUGUUUCCUCUAAAGAUUCGCACUCGUGCCACAUCGAUUUCUGUGGUUAUUUGCGGAUUCUGUGUGUUCAUCAUGCUCAACAUUCUCCCACUGUGCAUGGCUGAAUGGGGUUUGCCAGCAACGAUGUGGUCUUGUGCUGGGAUAUCAGCAUUGAGCUUUAUUUAUUUUGUCUUGUUCUUGAAGGAAACAAAAGGCAAAUCCAUGCUUGAAGACUUUUCAGUUAGAAAUAGAAUUUCGCUCGUGCCAGACUCAAUCAGCUCGAAACUAGAAAUGUUUGAACGACUCUUAGCGCGCCCAAACUGUCUGAUUAAUCGCAGGAAUCGCUAUCAGCUGUUAUCCACAGUGCUAAUUAAUUUAAUAUGCAUAUCACAUGGCAUUGGCAUUGGUUGGUUGUCGCCAACGCUGCGCAAGCUGCAAACUCCCGAAUCGCCUUUGAGUUUUCCUCUCAACGUUAAUGAAGUGUCUUGGGUGGGCUCCGCUUUGGGCAUAGGUUCAGUUAUUGGCAAUUCACUCAGUGGUCUGUUAAUUUCACGCCUAGGCAGCAAAGCUUGUCUGCUCUUCAUCGCCUUACCACACUCAUGCCUUUGGAUUAUGGUGUACUUUGCCACGAGCGUGGAGUAUCUGAUCGCAGGACGCUUGCUAGCUGGCAUCACAGGAGGCGGCAUUUAUAUAAUACAUCCACUUUUUAUCAGUGAAUAUUGCGAUGCAAACAUCCGUGGAACUUGUGCCACCAUGGUAAUGUUGUCGGUUAACACGGGCAUUCUUAUAGGCUACAUUGUGGGCACUCAUGUCUCAUACUAUGUUGUGCCAUUUAUCGUACUUAUCUUACCGCUUAGUUUCUUUAUAUCUGUGCUCUUAUUCAUACGCGACUCACCGAUGCAUCUCAUCAACAAGGGCAAGUUUACGGCUGCUGAAGCAUCUUUUAGAUACUACAAGAACAUUAAAGAUAGCGACAGCUUAAGUGAUCAGGCCACCGCAAUGGCAGAAUUUAAAGAUAUGAAAAUGACCCUGACAAAUGAAGAUAAUCAGCUCGACAAGGUGACCAUAAAGGACUUUUUCACUCGAGCUGCCAUUAAAGGCUAUGCUAUGGCUUCUGUUAUAGUCAUUGCUAAUCAGUUUAGCGGCGUCUUUACCAUGGUCAACUAUAUGACGGAUAUCUUUGCCAAGUCGGGCAGCACCAUGGAUCCAAAUACUAGCACAAUUAUCAUUGGAUCUGUGCAACUCUUUGGUGCCUAUGUCACUACACUGCUUUGCGAUGUCUUUGGCCGCAGAAUUCUGAUGCUCGUCUCAUCGGCAGGCGUAGCAUUAAGUUUAACUGGUUUCGGUUUCUUUACCUACUUCACUGAGAUGUAUGAUCUGAGCCAAUGGAGCUGGGUGCCAGUGGCCAUAAUGUCGGUGGACAUCUUUUUGGGCAACAUUGGCCUAGUUAGCUGCCUAUUUGUGCUCAUGGUUGAAAUGUAUCCCCUCAAGAUUCGUGCCAGAGCAACAUCAAUUUCGAUUGUUGUCUGCAGUUCAUUGGUAUUUCUCAUGCUCAACAUUUUCCCUCUAUGCAUGCAUUACUGGGGUCUGCCUACAACAAUGUGGUCUAUGGGGGGCAUUACUUUCUUCUGUUUUAUUUGCUUUUUAUUCUUUUUAAAAGAAACUAAAGGAAAGUCGAUGCUAGAAGAUUGAUCGAAAGGCAACAACUGGUAUUUUCAAUGUUACCGAUAAGCUAUCGAAAAUGGUUGGUCAAU